AUGGGCGACAACAACCGCGCGACUCUCGGCUCUGAUGCCGCCGCCAACGCCCCCGACGCCGCCGCCUUCGACAAGGGCAAGGGCAAGGCCACCGAGGAUCCCUCGCUCGAGAUGAGCAUGGAUGAAGACGAGGAGAGCGAAGAGAACGACGACGAGGACGGCGGCGACAACCUCGAGCCCAUCUCCGCCGACAACAUCAUCUCCGGCGGCCGACGCACUCGCGGCAAGACCAUCGACUUCCAGGAGGCUGCCGAGAAGAUCCAGGGCGACGACGACGAUGAAGAUGACGACGAGGAGUUCCAGCCCAACGACGAUGAUGAUAACAUGCGCGACUAA